CACACAGACACACAGAGACACACACAGAGACACACACAGAGACACACACACACACGCGCGUGCAGUGAUGUUAUGCGCAUUUAUUUUUUAAAGGGUUAGAUUGUUGCAGGACGACUCCGGGUUCUUGUCGACGCCGUGAGCUACAGUCGUACUAUUGUCGUGAGGCUGAUAGCAGCAUUGUAGUGGCGUCGUGCGGAUACACGCGGGUAGCAACGCGCCGCUUUAACACAACUCCUGCCCGCUGCCUGCGAGCGCUGAAGUUUGCUUCUAAAAGUUGAGCCGCGAAGUUGCGCUGAACACUAAGACCGCCGCGACCACCACCACCACCAGCACGACCACCAGCACGACCACCACCACCACCAGGACCAUCACCACCACCAGGACCAUCACCACCACCAAGACCAUCACCACCAGGACCAUCACCACCGCCAGCAGCAGCAAACAGGUCGAAGAGGAACUGUUGGCAUUCGAAACCGCGCCAGGAUGUCCAAAGCGGCGGACCACGUGAAGCGGCCCAUGAACGCCUUCAUGGUGUGGUCGCGAGGCCAGCGGAGGAAGAUGGCCCAGGAGAACCCCAAGAUGCACAACUCUGAGAUCUCCAAGCGUCUCGGCGCCGAGUGGAAGCUCCUCACCGAGGCCGAGAAGAGGCCCUUCAUCGACGAGGCCAAGCGGCUGCGCGCCCUGCACAUGAAGGAGCACCCCGACUACAAGUACCGGCCGCGCCGCAAGCCCAAGUCCCUGCUCAAGAAGGACCGCUACGCCUUCCCCCUGCCCUACCUGAGCGAGGCGGAGCACCUGAAGGCUGCCGCCUCGCUCCACGGAGCCCAGCCGGGCUCGGCAGCAGCCGCGGCCGCCGCCGCCGCGGCCGCUACGGCGGAGUCGCUCCUCGCCGCGUCGGAGAAGGCUCGCUCCUUCCUGCAGGGCGGUCCGCACGCAGGCCACUACUCGCUGCUGCAGGACCACCACCACCACCACAACCACCACCACCUCUCCAAGAUGAACGAGGUCACCUCGUCGCUGGGUGCGGCGGCCGCGGCUGCGGCGGCUGCCGCGUUCCCGUACGCGGGGCUCAACGGCUACGGCACCGGCGCCUUCAGCCCGCAGCACACGCACACUCACGCCUCGCCCGGGAACCCCGGCUACAUGAUCCCCUGCUCGUGCCCGGCGUGGCCGCCCAGCUCGGGCCUGCAGCCGCCGCUGGCGUACAUCCUCCUGCCCGGCAUGGCCAAGGCUGGACUGGAGCCCUACGCGAAUCAUCACGGUGCCGCGCUCUGAGUCGUCCGUCCGGCCGAACGCCUUAGCGGGCGGAAUGUUUGUGAGGAAGUGAGCAGGCUGCAUGGUCGGAUGAUGAUGAUGAUGAUCGUGAUGAUGAUCGUGAUGAUGAUGGUGAUGAUGAUGGUGGUGGUAGUGGUAGUGGUGGUGGAAAUCCGUCCGUCCCUUUCGCAAAGGAGGGAACUCAAGGGGAGGAUGGGGAGGGGAUGGACGUCUCGCGAGCGAACUGGAGUCGAACUGUGGCACAAGUGAGCUGAGAGCGCGGUGGUGGCGACGGGUGAGCGGUGCGGUGUGGCGAGGGGUGUCGGUGAGCCCGGCUCUACGGGGUUAAGCACUUUAAGAGCAGGGGAUGGCGCGCGAGUGUCUCGGUCCCAAGUGUGGAGGCUGCUCAGCCCGCGUUCUCGUCUCGGCUCUCCUCUCUGCGUCUCAACGCGCACGCGGCUCCUUGCCAAUCCACUGCUGGAUGACGGCCUCCCCCUCCUCGCCCCCCCCUCCUCCUCCCCACCACACCGAUUCGCCAUACUUCACCCCAAAAACGAAGAGGAAUCGCGUCAAUAGUUACGGCCCUCUCUGCACGGUGGGACGUAACUCUCUCCGCCCCCUGUAUUUGAAAGCGUUUAGGGUGCGUCUUAUAAUCCCAGAAGUGUUUGCUGGUAACCGGAUUCGUACAAUUACUGGAAUGCGUCUUACUGUCCGAAGGGUCUUAUCGUGCGGGGAAUACGGCAAUGACUCUUACAAUUACGUUCGGGUUAUGUUAAGGAAUCAAUUGGCUUAGCGCUGCAGUAAAAACAACACCAAUUGCGUUCAUCAUCGUUUUAACUCCACUUCAUCGCUAUCACUAUAACGAACGCGUUUUAAUUAUUCAAAGGAAGAUUCUGGCAAAAGUUUGCGAAGCUCUUAAUAUCUUUCAUCUUCUACUGUCUUAAUUAUUAUGGGUAUUGGUUGUAUUGUUAUUGUUGGGGCAAUGCGUGUUGGUUGUUUGGUACUCAGAGUCGAUUCAACGUGAUUUGUGUUUCCAAAUGUCUUCCUAAUCACCAUCGUCAUGAUCAUCAAUGUCUCAGUCAUCAUCGCGAUCAUAAUCAUCUCCAGAAUAUCCGUUGGUUUUAUCAUCAUCACCAUCAUCAUCACCAUCAUCAUCAUCACCACCUCUUCUGUUGGAAUGCUGAUUCAUGUGUUCUUUAAACUGUCGAGAGCAUUGUUUAGUCGUCAUCAGCCAUGAUCAAUCCACUGCUGGACGUGCGCUUACGCAAGCAUCGCCGCCGUCGUUAAGUUGUCACAUUCUUCCCUUUACUGGACAUCACGACUAUGAUAAUUACUACAAAUAGAGGGUGGAGCGGUGGCGCAGUGAUUAGCGCCUCUGCUGCUGCUGCGAAGCACGCGACUUGAGUCCUUAGAAACGGCUGAGAUCAGCGGGGAGAGACAUCCGAACUGAUCCCCGGCGAUGCCUCCGACCCCCGGCGCUCAGCCGGCCGGCACUGACCGGCGGUCGUGAGUUUUGGUGAAUGCCAGGGCUCUGGUCGUCGUGAAGCCGACGAGGCGUCUCGAGGCCCUCGUCCGGCAGUGGAUCGGCCAAGGGACUCGGAGCGAGGAGCCCGAGCGAGCGGUCCUUCUCAGAGCCCCUCUGUCCAUGCGAGGGUCACUCGGCGCAAAUCCAUUUCUCGCGGUGGCCCUCACCAAACCCCUUCCCCCCCUCAUCGUGGAAAUUCCACAUUCGCGUGGCCUGGAGGUUGGGGUUACGGAUAGUCGUGAUUUUUUAGUCUCGCGAUGUCUCACGGCCGCGUUUAGACUUCCCGCAGCGCGGUGCUCGUUUUAUACCGCCCCGCCGUGAUGAUGGGUCGAGGCGACCUCUGUCUGGCUGGCGAGCUCCUCCUGUGGCUGCAGCCGUGACGGCGGCGGUGCGGGUGGCGUUGGACUCGGUUGUAGUUUGUACCACCCCUGUCACCACCCCUGUCACCACCCUUGUCACUACCCCUGUCACCACCCUUGUCACCACCCUUGUCACCACCCCUGUCACCACCCUUGUCACCACCCCUGUCACCACCCUUGUCACCACCCUUGUCACCUCUCUGUCACUCGCCAUCUCACUUCCACGCUCUUCCUCUAUAUCAUCACCGCCACCGUGACCACCGUAAUCGUCAUCAUCACCACCAUUAACACCACCACCGUAAUCGUCAUCAUCAUCACCACCAUUGCCACCAUAAUCACAUCACCAUGAUGAUCAUCACCACCAUCGUUAUUUCACGAUGUUCCAAUGUCCUUGAAUCAACGUUGACUUGAAACUUUGACUUGAAGCUGCCGCGAUUAUAUUCGUUAUAAAAUAAUGCAAACGUAACUUCUCAUUCGCUUGCGAAAGUAUUUUUUUUGUUAAAUCUUCGUCCGCCUCCAUCCUCAUCUUCUUCAUCUUCUUCUUCGCGGUUCCGCGACGCGGGAGCGGCGUCGAACUUCGUCUGAGCCGCAGGAGCCCGGCGGGCUCUGUCCGUGGGGACGCCGAGGCAGUGAGAGAGCUGUGGGUGCGAGGCCGUCGUGUGCGCGUGUGCGUCUGUGUGUGUGCGUCUGUGUGUGUGCGCGUGUGUGUGUGCGCGUCUGUGUG